AUGGAUUUACGACGGUCAAAGGGUGGGUUUCAGCUGGAGGUCGCCGAAGAUGGAAGAAACAGAGCCACCGAUUGUUACGCUGCUCCUGCUGAUGGAGGAAGGGGUAAGGGAUUCAGUGGCUCCCGCGGCACCGGAGGGAGAAUUGGAAGAGGGCAUCGUGGUGGUGGUGGUGGUGGGAGGAGAGGGGGAUACUAUGGUGGUGGACGUGGUGGUGGUGGUAGAGGAAGAGUGGACUGCUUCAAUUGUGUAGAGGAAGGUCACUUUGCCAGGGAUUGUCCCAACUGA